GUGCCCCCACCCUUUCAAUGGCAUGUGUAGAGCCGAUAUCCUGCGUACAUCAUCCAUCUCGUGACGUGACUGCGAUCACCUCUGCAUGGCGCCCCUCUGUCUCUUCGGGAUCACAGGACCCAACAUUAGCUCAACUGGAAGCCGCCGGAAUUGUUCGCCGGGCUCCUCUCUAACCUUUCCUUCCUUCUCAUAUAACGAGUAUUAAUACCGCCCGAUCUCCCCCUUAUUCAACAUAAAACAACCCCUUUUCAACAAAAGACCCAUCGUCUAUACAUCUACGCUCAACUCGUUUUUGCAUACACGAUAUGAUCAAAGCCAAGUCAGUGAGCAGAGAAUUUCUGCCAGAUGAGGAGCUUGUGCCCUCCAUCUCCACCUCGUCCAGUGAUACGCCUCUGGAACCUCUUGUGCUACUGGACAAGGACGCUCCUACGGCCCCUAUCACGGGCAUCACCGCCGGUGGCGUCUCGUUCGUGGUCCCCGAGACCCACGACAUGGUGAGGACACUCUUUGACCCCACCUUACGCAAAACCGUCUUGGAUGCUGCGAUCGUGGUGGCCCUUCUCUCGAACUUUGCCAUCUACUACCUUUUGCCGCCAGCCUACCGCAUCUCCGCGUUCAUCGCCAUUUACGUGUUCUGGCGCUUCGGCUACAACUUGGGCAUCGGCUACUUGUUGUACCACCAGUCGCGCGAGAGCCGCAUGGUCAAGUGGGCACAACGGUGGCAAUUGUUCGCGCGCGCGGCGGGCCCUGCAUCGAGCCGCACACGCGUGCAGCGCAUCAUGGAGCAGGAGUUUUCCGCAAAGGGCAUCGCAUCGGCCAGCUACCCGAUCGAGUUCAACACGUGGUUGAUCUAUCGCAAGUUUGUGGACUUGAUUCUCAUGCAGGACUUUACCGCCUACAUGUGUCUUGUCGUGGCCUGUUCCGCGCUCAACCCCGCCGUCGCGCGCAUUGUGGAGCUGCCAGUGCUCACGGCUAUCAGAUGGUCGUUGGGGAUGGCAUUCAUCUUGUUCAACCUCUGGGUAAAGUUGGACGCGCACCGCAUCAUCAAGGACUUUGCGUGGUAUUGGGGCGACUUUUUCUUCUUGCAAAAGGCGGACUUGGUGUUUGAUGGGGUGUUUGACAUGGUGCCACAUCCCAUGUAUUCGGUGGGCUACAUCGGCUACUACGGGUUUGCGCUCUUGACCAAGUCGUACACCGUGCUCAUUGUCUCGCUCUUUGCACACUGCUUGCAGUUUGCUUUCCUCAUUGGCGUGGAAAACCCGCACAUCGAAAAGAUCUACGGCAGCGAUGACAGCACCGGCCAGGGCGACCAGGUGUUGUUGGAGAAGCUUCACUUGAAGCCUUUGAUCUUUGGCUUGCGCAACUUCAACUGGUUCCGCAGCUCCGACAUCUUGAGCGUGCUUGUGUGGGCAUCCUCUCUCGUAGUGCCCUUCUUGCUUCCGCGCACCGCCACCGCGCGCUACACCGUUUUUGGCGCCACGUUGCUCGUGAAGCUAGUCCAAUCUGUGGGGUUGAACGUGAUCUUGCACCAGCAGUCUACCACCAAGGCCUGGACCAAGCGCUUCUUGAAGCACGACUACACGCUCUACAAUGCCUUUGAGAACUGGACCGUGUUGUACAACGCGAUUUCCAGCUUGACCUACACCGCGUUGGCCGCCUUUAGCGCGCGCGAGCUCCUCUUCCAUGACACCUCCGAUUCCUUGGUUCGUUCCUCCAACAGCUGGCCGUUGUUGCGCUACAUCUUGGGUGCCAUGAUGGUGGCACUCCAGUUGUGGACGCAGUACUCGAUCUUCGAAGAGAUCGGCUACUUUGGCUGGUUCUACGGUGACUUUUUCUUGCCCAAAUUGUCCUCCAUUAGUAAAUCCGGGAUCUACCGCUAUUUGAACAACCCGGAGCGGUUCUUCGGUAUUAGUGGCGUCUGGGGGCUCGCCUUGGCCACCUACUCGCCGCUCGUCUUUUUGUUGGCGUGCGUGUGGACGAUCAACAACGUGGUGUUGUUGAACUUUGUGGAACAGCCCCACAUGAUCAAGUUGUACGGCGAACAGAGCGUCUUGCUGGACGGUGGGCUUUCCCGCACGAUCAAGAACUUGAUUCCCGACCAGUUAAAGACUGAGGGGUUCAGCCCUUCCCGCCGCUUGUCCAUGAACAAUGUCUCGUCUCUCACCGGUAAGUUGCUCCGCGACUUGCGUCGGUCUAAAUUCCAGGACUCUACGGAUCAGAAGCACUUGAUUUCGCUCUCAGAAAAGAUCAUGGAUUUGUCUUGCAAUCACAGCGUUCAGGGCUACAAGGUGGAUUUUGCGGUCGACUCGAUCAACACAAAAAGAUACGUGCUUCUGGGAGAGCCUAUUCGGGUGAAAUGGACCGCUCCGGAGACGCACUCCACCGACGAUUGGAUUGGCUUGUACAAGGUGGUGAACACCGGCUUUUCCCGUAAGGCGACCAAGAUCUCCUCCAAGGGCCACUGGAUCGGGGUUUCGCAGACUUCCGAGUACUAUGUUACCGGCUCGGAGUUGACCACUGAUGCCUCCAAGACCGCUAGACGCGAAUGCGUGUUGCAAGACAACACAACCAGCGGCACCGUAGAGUUCAAGGGCGACUUGCUUGUGUUGGAGGCCGGGAUCUACGAGGUCAGAUACCAUUUGGGCAACCACCACAACGUCGGCUACAUCAGUUGUCCGUUCGAAAUUCGGGUAGCCGCCAUUGAUAUCCCGGCCACUGUCUCUGCUGAGUUUACCGCCGCUUUGCAAGGUCUAUUAGAACUUGUGGCUCCUGCCACCGACUAUACCGAAGCUUUCAAGGGCAAGAACGGUAAGAAGUUGCAGCAGUUCACGUACUUGAUCGGCACUUCGACUGGGAUCGAAAUCGGCGAAACGGUGGUGUUGAAUGCCAAGACCGUGACAGGUUUGGGCAAAAAGUUGAUUGAGAUCAAAGGGGUGUUGGAUGAGUUGUCCAAGUAACAGAUUACACUAAAAUAUGGAAUUUAUCAAAAAGCUUUACGUAGCUAAAGAGGUGUUUAUAUAGGAGAUGGUUUACCACGUAAUAGGUAAGUAUAAAUCAUGUCUACAUCGACGCCGCGUUAAUAUAUGCAUACGAUUUUGGUAUGUCC